AUUCUCUGGAUAUGCUGUUACAAGUAUACUAUUUCGCCAGCAACUCUAGUCGUUGCGAACUGAUCGAGCGAUCGAAAUCGCAGUUCUAAUAGUGAUUUCAAAUUAUGAUUGCUGAAUCGAAAUCUCGUUUCUCAUAACAAUUUAUAAUAAUAGUUCCUGAAUCGAAAUCGUAUUCUGAUAUCGCAUAGUCCUUCGCGAUAAUCGCUACGUUUUUUGCUGCGGACCCUCUUUGCUGGCUCCGACGAGUGAAACCACGAGUCGCUACUUGAACUUAUAGGACAGGGGUAGGACAGGGGUGUUCGUGUUCUUUCUGAGCUGAGUUUUUUUAUGCCGGCAUACAGGGUAGCUUUUCGUCUGGCUUCUCCUAAAAGGUGGGUCACAAACGCUUCGUAUAAACUUCGAAAAAUUCCGUACGUUUCAAAGCAAACUCUUUAUCAAACACAAACCCCAGCACUACCCUCCGUUUUACACUUGCACCCAGUCGCACGGGGCUUCAGGAUGACGUAAGCUAACUUCUUCGACCAAUGGGAUUUUGGGAUAUCACACAUGACAAAAUUCUUUGAUUGCGUAAAUAUUAUGAACUUCUCUGCGUUAAGAAUUUAUUCCAACAACGGGGUUAAAGUUUGAAACGAUAUGUCGGAGUCAGCGCUGCGUGCUAUCUAACUUGUCUGGUAACUAAGCCGUGUUGAUAUUAAUUUACUUAUGAUUCCGAGUAAAUGGCUAAACGCGAAUAAAUGUUUCGCGCGCCGCGCGCGAUCCUUUUGUUUACACUGUCGCCAUGGACACGGUGCACCGAUAGGACGAAUCGAUAAAACGCGUUUUCUUUCUGCUCAUAACGGCUGAUUUCAUUAUACUUUGAAAACGCCGUUCUAAAUAUUGCUAAAAAAAAUCUUGAAAGUUCCUCUUUCUCGUGAUCAUAUUAGCGAAAAGCGAAAGUCGUAGAACAUUUUACAAUAAGCCGCCGCCAUUGGAGAAAGUAGUCCACGGACUUGAAAUAUUUUUUUUCUCUCAUUCGACAUUAGAAAAGUAUUAUGUUUGUUCUUUAGCCUUACCUUUCAUCGCAACGAUUCUUAGUAAAACGUCCAAUGACAUUGCUAACAGCAAUAAACGCUAACCAGCAAGUUACAAAAACCAUUUUCAAUGUUGACAGCCGAAACUCCAGCCACAACUGAAAACCUGAAUUUGUUCUGAAGACUGAAGUGUGUGUGUCAUAAUAAAGGUUGCGCUCGUGCGCGCGCGAUAGAAUGUGGUGUUACUAGUUUGAUUCAGGAGACCAGUUUAUAGAAAAGGACAGAAGAGGGUGGAAACGAUAGCGGGAGGAGCUGAGGACUCAUAGAUCCCGCUGUCCAUUUGACAUGAAAGUCUUGCACGCUUUCCUCGUCAACCCUUAUGAACCUGCAUUGUAAAUGUUCAGUUAGUGAGAUUGGUACAUGCUUGCAAAUGAUCACAGGACUAGAAAUGAUUAGCGCAAACGAUACUAGAAGAAAGAAGCAAUGGCUUGGAUUCCAAUAAAGUCUACGGAUGUAUAAUUUUUUUAAGAGGUGAAUGCGCCACUUUGCGGACGGCUGGGCAUAAGCUUACGAAUAUACCUUGCGUUGUUCUUAUGCUUAUGUUUCUGUUAUGUCUAGAAACCUUGCGUUUUUCUUAUGCUUAUGCUUAUGUUGCUGUUAUGUCCAGAGGAGGGACAUGGUUGGCAUACUAGUAAGCGUAAGCAUAAACAUAAGCGGAAGACUUUCAGCCAAUCAGCGUGCACUUUAUGCUCAUGCUAACCAUGUCCUCACUGAACAUAACUGCGACAGAAACAAAAGCAUAAGCAGAAGGCCUGCGCCGAUGCUUAUGUCGCGGCCGUCCUCACUAGCGCAUAAGCUUCUUGUGUUGAUGCUGAUGCUUAUGCUUGCGUCGGAAGUGAGUACCGGGCUUUUUAGCGAACCAAAAGGAGCAUUAAUCUCACAAAUAUUAUCAUUACCGCCAGCCAUCAGAGGCAACAACGGUAUUAUCUUACCGUGAUGGUCGAAUUCUGAUGACGGAUAUUCCACUUCUCCUGCCUAAAAUAUUGAAAAUCGACUACUGCCUUUCCUCUCAUCCGGAUUUUACCGGCCGCACAUCGUCAUUCGCCAUUUUCCAUCUUCAUUUUUCCUUCCACAUUUUGUCAUCCGCCAUCCGCCACCCGCUACCCACUACCCGCCACCCGCUACCCGCCACCCGCCGCCAUCCGCCAUCUGGUCCUCGUUUCACAGAGAUAACAGACCGGGUUACCGUUUUGACAUCGCAUCACCAACCUUGCAGAUGGGUGAGAGCCUGGGAAUGAGGUGAACCGGGCGGCGAAUCAAAGGGUUUUCUUAUAUUCAAACAUUCUCAUUCGCAUACACGUAACGUGCUUCGGUACACAACAAUAUCUAUUAUUUCGCGAUUUCAUUACAAAUGUAAAAUUUUUAUUUGUUAUUUCUGUGCAAGAUCUGAAAAGCAAUAUUGAAACUAAACCGCCUCAUCCCUUCCCUCCCUGCUAACAAAAUACGCCCCGGGAAUUCUGACCAAUCAGCGAAGAGCUUGUGGUAAACGUUCGAAAUUCAAAUGUGUCGCAUGGACGCUAAGCAGAAAGCCGAUCAAUGGAAAUCAACAACACUACAAAAUAAUUUGGAAUUCGCAUUUCAGCUAGAACACAGACAAAAUGGUCCAAACCUCAGAAAACUGCCCUUCGAGAAAACGUUCUUCAUCGUCGAGACGAUCGCAAGUUAAUGGAGAUAAAAACAGCAAUAUGAAAGUUGUUGUGCGAGUCAGACCUGCAAACAACAUGGAAAUCGCCAAACAAUCGUCGACUUCUGUUCGUGUUAUGGACGAACGUAUGCUGGUCUUUGAUCCAAAAGACGACUCCAUUGAUUAUUUGUCAAGCAAUCGGGGUAGCAAACAACCGCACUUUCUUAAACGAAGAGCGAGAGACUUAAGAUUCAUGUUUGAUCGAGUGUUCGAUCACGAGUCCAGCAAUCGUGAUGUGUUCGAGCACACGACCAAGACCAUCGUGGAAGGAGUUCUUGGUGGAUAUAAUUGUACUGUGUUUGCUUACGGAGCGACCGGGGCAGGGAAGACGUUUACAAUGCUAGGAGAUCAAUCAAACCCUGGAGUAAUGUUUUUAACGAUGAUGGAAUUGUACAGCAGAAUUAAUGCCUGUAAAGACGAGAAGACCUCAGAUGUGGCUGUGUCGUACCUUGAGGUUUAUAAUGAAACAAUUCGUGAUCUCCUGAUGCCUGGCCAGCCUCUUGCUGUCCGGGAAGAUCCACACAGAGGAGUGUGUGUCAGUGGUCUCACUCUACACAAGCCAACUUCUGCAGAAGAGCUGCUGGGAAUGCUGGAGUUUGGUAACAACAAUCGCACUCAACAUCCCACUGAUGCAAAUGCUCAGUCGUCAAGAUCUCAUGCUGUUUUCCAGGUGUUUGUUCGACAAAAGGACAGGACAGCAGGAUUACAAGCAAACUUCACAAUGGGAAAAAUGUCUCUGAUUGACUUGGCAGGAUCAGAGCGUGCUAUAGUAACAUCCAACAGAGGUGCACGAUUCAGAGAGGGAGCUAACAUCAACAAAUCCUUACUAGCUCUUGGAAACUGCAUUAAUGCACUUGCUGACAAAGAGAACAAAACAGGGCAUAUUCCAUACAGAGACAGCAAACUAACAAGACUCCUGAAAGAUUCCCUUGGAGGAAACUGCAGAACUGUCAUGAUAGCUGCAGUAAGGUAAGUUUUUACAUCUCAGUCACAGCUGUACAACAUGAACACUAAAAUGGUUAAAUAUUCUACCUGAGUCAGAAGCAAUAAAACCACCAGUUAUUAACUAAAAGCAAGAAACAGAAGGUGGGAAAAAUAGAGGAAUGGUGUUAAUAUGCUCUAUUUUAGAUUCUGAGGUGCAGGUUUGAGCACUCUGGCUAAGGUUGUUUUAUUGUCUUCUUGGACACAUCACUAAUAAGUUCAAUUUGUCUCUUGGUAACCAGGAGUAUAAAUCAUACUAACCUGGCUACAGUGCAAAUGCUUGGUGCUAAC